AUGAUUCAGAGGAAGGAGGUGGUACUCUCAGUCCUAGGGGAGCUGCAGGAUGCCACAGAGAGCUCCGGCCUGGACGCCCUCACCAGGGUAGCUCUGGAGGUCCAACAGGUCCUGACCCCCUUCACCCUGCCUUCCUCACCCUGCCACGAGUUCCCUGACUGGGAAGGCAUCGACGGCAAGGCCCGUAGCCUGUACCCUGCUGACGCCCCCGGAGGCCUCCUGCCUCUGGUCUGUAAGGGAGAAGGGAACCUGCUGUUUGAUGCAGCCAGCAUGCUGCUAGUGGGGACUACUAGUCUCAGUCUGGAGCUACAGGUACGUACAGUGGUGGAGAUGCUGCUGUGGAAGAGAUACUACCUGGGUGGUAUGAUCGACUCGAAGGUGAUGCUGCAGGCGGCCAGGUUCAGCCUGCGUGCCGAGGAGUCCCAGGACAUGCUCAACCUCCCCCUCUCCGUCCUCGAAGCUAUCUUCGACGCCGACGUCAAAGCCUCCUGCUUCCCCGGCUCCUACGCUAACAUGUGGCACCUGUACGCUCUUUCCUCCGUCCUCCAGUAUAACAUCUAUUCUGUCUACCCCAUGUACAACCUGAAGAUACGACCCUACUUCAACCGCCUGAUAAGACCGAGGUACUACCCCAAAGACAUGGAUCCUAUCACCAUACACAUUAUGUGGUCUGGAGAGCUGGAGGGGGGCUCCUCCAGGUUCAGACCUAGAGUCUUUGUAGCGUUAGUCCAGGCUAGUGUCCUCCAGAUGGACAGUCCUAACGACGAGCAGAGGGUCCCCCCUCUGAAGACACUGGAGCUUCUCAACCAGGACUCUCACCUGUCCUACUCCAGUCUGAAGGACAAGUACAACAUCACCAAGAGUACCUUCUACCGCUGGAAACGGCAGACGCAAGAGCACCGCAAAAGGUCUGCUGCCAGGUACGAGGCCAAACACUUCCUCCAAGCGUGCUAUCUGGAAGGGAAGCUCAUCCCUCUGCAUCAGUUCAAGGAGUUCUUCCCUGAGAUCUCCAGAUCCACCUACUAUGCAUGGAAGCACGAGCUGAUCUCGUCCGGCGGUAGUUUCUCCACGUUCUCCGCGGGCGAGGUGAGUCCAGGGGACAGCACGGAGCAGGAGUCCUGGUCCUCCCCAGAGUCCAAGCUCGGGCAGGAGGAAGACCAUGAGGUAGAGGCAGACGCAGAGCAUCACGACAGCGUGGCCAGUCUGUUCGGCCUGAACUACAACAAUGAUAAGAUGGAUGGAGAACGGGCCCAAAACAUGGCACUGAUGCAGGAGGCCAAGAAGGUUCUUCAGAACUGCAUCGCUAGGAACACGUCGUUCCCCUUCCGCAUCUUCAAGAGGAGCUUCCCUGGGAUCUCCAGGUCGACUUACUACAACUGGAGGAGAGAGGCCAUGCUAUGUAACCGUGGCUACAAGGUCGGAAGCAGUGAAAACAGCUUGGACGCGGAUAAGAGUAGUCCAACUGGUGGUCUGUCCCCUAUCGGGGGGACCGAGAGCCGUGGUCGCGCUGCCACCGUCUUCCCCAGAGUUAAGAUCUGUAGUAACAACCAUAAAAGGUUCAGGAUGGUGUUCCUACGCAGGAAGAAGCUGAGAGAAGCUGCCAAGGUGAAGGUGUGGAGGUCAAAAUGGCCUCUGUCUAGGUUCAGAGUGCGGUACCCCUCCCUGUCCCUCUGUUUCUACUGGCUGUGGCGUAACGGCCCCAGUGGAACCAGGAAGGAGGAAAUCACCACCCCGUCUCUAGAGAUGGACAGGUCUGAGAUUAUUAUGGGGUACAACAACGACGCAGUGAAAGACAAUGGGAUGAUGAUGACAGAGAGUGACAUAAAGACAAAGGCUCCAAUUCAGGACGUGUUCUCCUUUGAGGGGGACCCAACAGAGGAUCUGAGAGGCCCCGUCACCAUGACCUCUGUGACAUCCCCCUUCGACACCCCUCUCCCCAACCCAACCAAGAUGUCCGCCACCGCCGCUCCCACAGACGACCAGAUGUUUGUGAUGGAUCUGGUGGCCCUGGCCAACUUCAAGGCCAAGGCCAAAGUCUUCCUGCAGCAACGCUUCGAGGAGAAGUCCUUCCCCACGUUCAAGGAGUUCAGGUCCUUCUUCCCCCUGACUCCCCGCUCCACCUACUAUAUGUGGAAGAGAGCCCUGCAUCACGGAGUGCCACUGGUACAUGGCUGA